AUGCUCGACUGGAUGACUGGGUCCGAGCAACCAGACAACUCGAGGAUGCUCGAGCCGCCCGAAACCCCGGCUCCCGUAUUCGCGAUCCGCGCGUUCAAGAGUGCCUUAUUUGGCACGCCCGCCGCAGAGGAGGAGGAGCACGUGUCACAGCCAAAGAGAGCCCUUGGUCACCAACGAAGCAAGAGUGAUUCGGCACCGUCACCCGCGCGCAACAUGGCCGAAGACGAAAGCUCCAAAGCACUGACCGGCGACGCGAUUAACCAGGGUUCUCCCACGAAAAGCAUCCUCGUUACACCUGGCACGAUAUCCAAUCGGCGCAAGACUGUUUCUUUCGGUGAAAGUGUUGUCGACAACGAGGGCAAACGGACUGGUAGCUCGAACAAACUGAUCAAGACGCCUCCCAACCCCUCGGGCAACCUUAGCGUCCAGUGGAUGUCAGGCUCAUCGGACGGGAGCUCAAAACCGCGAAGCAAACUGACCCAGACACUACUCAAUGCGCGCGACAACGCGUCCAAAAAUGGCAAGUCGCCACAAUCAUCGCCCGCGAAAUCCCCUACGCGUUCCCGAACGAAAGAAGACACGAGCAAUGAGGAUAUCACCAUCAACCUGGAAGACCCGCGCUCAGAGUCGGGCAAGUACUGGAAGACGGAAUUCGACAACUACCGCAUCCGAACCAAUCGCGAAAUCAAGAAACUGAUCCACUACCGGUCGAUCGCCAAGUCCUAUGCGCGCAAGAAGGACUCCGAAGCCCUGCGGUUGGCCGACAAACUUCGGGAAGAAGAGGACAAAGUCAAUGAAAUGGAACGCCAGGUAUCACAGCUAGCGUCCACCAUGGUGGAAGGUGGCCCGCCGGCAGAUAAGGAGCAUUUGAUUCAAGACCUGACCAAACAGACGGCUCUUGCAUUGCAAUACAAACAACAAGUCUUCGGUCUCCGCAAACUUCUUGAACAGCACAACGUGGUCAGCGGUGAUAUUGUCGAUGGGCCUGAAGAACCGGCUACGCGGAAUUCAACAGAUGAAUCGCGUCAAACCCAGUUUGCGUUGAACCAAUCAAGCGCCAAGCUCGAGGAAAUCAAACGCCAGCCAACCGACCUAACCACGCUCCAAGAACUGGCCCGAAGUUCGGAGCAGAAAGCCCAGGAAUUGGAGAAGGAGAACACCCAGCUCAAACAGACUCUGGCGCGCGUCAAGCAGGAGAUGUCGCGCUACGAGGGCCGACGCAAGGACAAGGAAUCCAAAUUCAAAUCCCGAGAAGCGAAGCUGGAAGCACGGAUCCAGGAAUACCGGGACCGACUCAGGACGUCCACACAAGAGCACCGCAAGUCCGAAGAGGCGCUGAGAAGCACAUUCGAAAAAGAACACCGGCGCAUGCAAGACCAGAUCGAUCUGCUGAAGCUGAGGGUUGCCGCGACGGAGCAAUACUCUUUCCGACCCGAGGGACUGCACUCCCUCAGCCCGCGAAAGAAUUAUACAGGUGUCCACGUCCAAGAUUUCCGCGGCCACAAUGCGAUGCUGGAGACCGCAGAAGACGCAACCGAAGACCUCGACGCACCGCCCAGCCCAAGCCCGCGCUCCAAAGGUCGUUUCACCGGUCACUCAACGAUCGGAGCCUUCGACCUCCGGCGCGCUGCGCGGGAGAUCGCCGCCGAAGACGACGAGGUCACGCACUACCUCAACGAAAUCCUUCCCAAAUCUCACCAGACACGCACAUCCCACCACGCCGAGCUCGCCGCAAUGCCCCCAUCAUCACCGCCCGAUGCCGCGGCGCUGAAAUCCCAUUCUCAUGCCCAGGGCCGCGCGAAGUACCUGCAUGCAGGAGAAGAUGGUCAGCGCACGUACCGGUCUCGCUACUUGACCGAGACAGAUGAGCCGGGACAGGGCCAGACAUACACCCACCACCGCCAGAGAUCACCCAUAAAGUCAACUCUGGAUUCAAUAUCCGGACCCCCCGCGUCCCGCACAGGCGGCUAUGCCGGAUCGACAAUUUCAGGUGGCGAGCGGGUUGGCAAGCGGUAUGGGCUCAGCGAUAUGCAGAGCGAGUAUCUGUCACCCGAGCGUGUUGCGGCUGCCAGGUCACGGCUCAGACAGAAACACGAUAGUCGCAAGAGCAGGGCGUUGGGCAAGGAGAAUGUGAGGGCGGCUGUUUCGUCGGGUGCUGGGGCUGGUUGA